ACAGUGCCCCAGAAAACACAUCAUGAGUACAGGAUGAACAUACGCUGAUCUGUCUCGCCUCCUAAAAAACAGAUGAAGCUUGAUGAGCUUGAUUAGUCUAAAGCAGAAACUAGUCCUAAAAGUGUUGUCUUCAGUGACUUGCUUGAAGACACUCGAUGAAUGAGGACCAGCACUGGAAGUGGGGGGCGAGUCCCUCCUGCUCAGGUACCACUUAAUCUAUUCCGUGCAGGAAGUGGUGAAGAUCUGCACUGGCUGAUACAGCGGACUGAGUGUUAUCUUGCCUCAAGACCAAGUCCGAGAUUUUGUUCUACCAAGAAACCAGUUGUUUAGAUAUUUAAUUCUUCUUUUCAGAUAGCCUUAGUCUGCAAAUCAAGAGGAAGUCCUGCAGACUAAGUUUCUGGUGGUGCUUCCACCUUUUGCUGAAAAUUGCCAGCCAGUCUGAGAUACCCAGAAUAGUUUUCUUCUGCAGAAAUGAGGAAGUGCCAAUACUUGCAGGGAUUAGUGAGAUUAACUCUUUCCCCCCCCAACCCCCCAAUAGCGCAGAAGAAUUGGUUGAGUUGGAUCAUUGUUCUGCCUGUCUCAGCCAGCUCAUCACCAUUCAACGCCGAGCAAUCUGCAGCAGUUUGGCUUGCUGAUAUGGUCCCAUAAACUUCCCUGUGUCCCCACACUCUUUCCUGAUUCAUUCUAGGUCACGUGCAGGUUCGGCAAAUCUUUACCAACUUAAUCCUGCAACCCUUGGAAUCAAUAGCAAAGCACCUUCUGACUUGUACAAGGACAAUGUCAAUUGCUGUUUUGAGAUGAACUGGGUAACCCAGGACAACCUCAGAAGAGUUCGGUCCAUGUGGUAGCCUGAACUUCUCACGGAUGGGGCUCUGCAAGUCCCACUGUGCUGUUUCACUUGCUCAGUUGCUGCGUCACUACUUGGUCAGUAGACCAAUCACGUCAGCAAAUCUGAUGUGUCUUCUUACAAACCCGGGAAAUUCCCUGUGAAAAUGAAAUCGUGUAAAUAACUGUUUUGGAGAGUCAUUGAAAGUCAAAGCCCGGUCACGGGGAGCUCUGCGACCUGCUUCAUUCCUACAGCCAGCCCAAAUCCUCGGUCCAGGCGGCCGGCGGAGGAAGGGCCGGGCCGGGCCUGGGCUCUCUGCCUGCUGCGGGGAGCUGCCCGGCUGAGCUACCCCGGCAUCGCACCGCGGACAGGCUCGGCGGCGGGGCACCCCUCCCGGUAGAGCGCCGCGGGCCCUAAGGGCGCCGGGCUCGGGGAGAGCCGCCCAGCCCCGCCGCUCCCGGCGCCCUCCAGCUCCGGGCGCACGGCGGAGCCUCCCGGGGGGCGGGAGGAGCCGCCCGGGGAAACGAAACUGAGCGGCUCCGCUCCGCCCCGGGCCGGGCCAUGGCCGCUGCGGUGGGCCUCGACCGGCUCCUGCGCGCCGUGGACCUGAGCUGCGCCUGCUGCCUGCAGCUCUUCACGGACCCCGUGCGGCUGCCGGCCUGCAGCCACAGCUUCUGCCGGCCCUGCAUCGAGGAGUACCGCAAGGGGAGGCAGCGGGGCGGCUGCCCGCUCUGCCGGGAAGGCUUCGAGCUCAAGGACCUGCGGCCCAACCGGGAGCUGGCCGCUUUGGUGAGCUUAAUCUCGCAGGAGGAAGCGGGAGAGUUGGAAACGCGGGACGAACCGAAACCCUCCGGAGCUGUUGCCUGCGACAACCCCAGCCCGGCAGAGCGGCGACCUCGGGAGAAGGAUGAAGAGAUAUGGGACCUCUCCAAGCAACUAGAAAUGACUGCAGAGACCAUCCAACUCUUGAAGGAAGAUCUCGCUAAAGCAAAGGAAUAUGCAUCUCAGAUCAAAAGCCAGAUUACUGAAGAUUUCUGUUGCAUGAAGGAAUAUGUUGAAAGACAGGAGAGAAACACACUGAUGUUUAUUGAACAAGAGGAAAAAGCAGCUCAACAGAAAAUUGAAGAGACUAUUCACCAGCUCUGUGUUGAAGCGUACGAGCUCACAGACAUCAAAGACCAAACAAGUAACUUACUCAAGAGACAUAGGUACCCAGGCUCACCUUCAACAAUGCAUAAAAUUACACUUGAUGAGAAGCUUAAUGUCGUCAAAAGUGCUGUAGAAGAUCUUAAGAGAAAGAUGGAAAUUUUACUCUUGGAGAAGUUCACUUGGCAGUUCCCACCGGAGCAACCUCCAGACUUACAUCCAGAGGCAAAUGUCUGCUCAUUAUCUCCAGAGCCUGCAGCUACAAAUCCAGAACCAAUGAUUUCAAGCCAGUUUUCUCAGUGGGCAGAUGACGUGACUUUUGAUCUCACAAGAAUAUAUAAGCGGUUAGCAGUCACAGCCCAGAACAGGAAAGUGAUGGUUUCCAGCUACCUCACUGAUUAUGAACCAUCGCCUAACAGAUUCUGCAUCAGUCAAGUGAUGUGUUCACAGAGCUUCUCUACUGGGUGCCACUACUGGGAAGUAAUUACCGGGGACAGUGAUGGAUGGGCUGUUGGAGUUGCUCAUGAAAUGAUUGGUAAAAGGGACAAAUUAGGAAGAACAGAGCAUUCCUGGUGCAUAGAAUGGCUUGGUCCUGAAAAGCGGCUGUCAGCAUGGCAUGGGGGUCAAGAAACAUUAUUACACAAGGAAAAACCAUUGAAGGUUGGAGUUUUCCUGGAGCUACAAAAGAAGACAGUGUCAUUUUACUCCAUUGCUGACACAGAAAUGCUUUUGCAUACAUUUGAAAUCAAUACCUCAAAUCCUCUUUACCCUGCUUUCUGGCUGUGUAGUCUAGAAAGAAAUGGAUCUUUAACUAUAAAUCACACAAACAGGAGAUAAAGCCUGUUCAGAAAAGUGACAGUUUUGCCCAUGACUUCAGUAUUCAGCACAGGAAUUUACCAAGGAGUGUACAGGUACCCAGGCUCUCCUGGAAAUUGGCAACUGAUACUUGCUCUGCUUUUCUUCACGCUGUACUCUGAUCUUGCCAUACUUCAUUAAAGCAAUUCCAGUGUAUGCUAAAGGUGGUAACCAUCCCUGUGGGAGCGCGGUGGAUAUCUUAGGCAGCUGUAAAUAGUGCCAGGAUAUUCCCAGGAAGGAAUGCACCGAGGAAGCUCCAAGGCUGGGGAUAAGCCCUUCCCAUGGACCUAAUUUUUC